GCAAAGAAACUGGCAGACAAUGAUACCACGGGUUUCGGAUAACGAGAAAAGAGACGAGAUGAGAGACAGAGAGAGACUUGGGACGGGCGACUGACUCGGAGUCUUUCCUCUGGUGAGAUCAGAAGUUCCAAGAGACUUGAGCAUCUCUCGCAAUCCCAAGCGAAACAAAAUGGAAGAAACAAAAAGGAAACACCAAAAAAGAUGGUCUGUCUUACGGUCCAAAACCAAAAAAGCGAACACGGGCGAAAGAAAUCGAUAUCAGAAGCUUUGCUUGCUUGCUUUUUUUCCGUCGUUCCUAUUUCUUGUUUUUUUUUUUUUUUUUUUGCUUGCUGUCUGUUGGGGUGCUGAGGUGCUGCUGCUGGGUUCAUCGGCGUGGGCGGUAUUAGCGGUGUCAUAUUUUCAAUCACAACGUUUUCAAAGUUCAAGAAUGUUUCCCAGUGACUACGCAAAGAACGAAGAAGAGUGCCCAGCAAGAACACAAGGCUCCAGACUACGAUGAAGAGACAUGUGCGCCCAUGGCAGCAAUUAGUAUGUUCGUGAAGACCCUUGAGCACAGAAAAGAAAAAGCCACCUUCGCUGGAAG